AUGGGAGUGUCCAGGAGAGGGGCCACAAGUCAAUGGAAAGAACAGUGGACAGUUUUGAAAUUAGCUGAGACAAAAACCUUAGGAAAUACAGGUAAUGCUGAUGACAAUACUCAGGCAUUUGGCAGAUCUUUAGAUGUGAGACGUACGGCAUCAGUAAAUGUCACUGUACUACUGGGGACUGCUGAAGGCUAAAACAAAUAUUUGUAUUGGGACAGAGCCAGCGGAAAAAAUGAAAAGGCUCUGUAAAAGACAUUCUUGCAGAAGAUAAUAAAGGUCAAGCCAGGUUAAGCGUACCCCACAAGAAUCCACUAAUGAAUUUAUUAUUCGAAAGUUGAAUCCGUUAGUACAACUGUAGUUGAAGAUUUCAUAUUCAUCUCUGCAUUCUGCAUUCCUGCAUGCGUAAUAAGCAGUGAAUUCACAUGCAAGGUAUAGUUAUGAAAUUUCUACCAGCUCAGUUUUCUGGAAUUUGAUAUAAAUGGUCAUUAAUGCGUUCAAAGCAAUUUUAUCCAUUCAAAGUUUUUUCGAUCUGACCGAAUACUGAGAAGUUGUAGCCAAAAAAUUAGUGCUCAUUACUCAUGCAGGAAUGCAGAUUUUUAAAAUUUAAUACUGGUUGCGGCAACGACUAACGGAUUCAUUUUUCAAAAAAUCGAUUCAUUGAUGGAAUCUAGGGCGGUACGCUUGACCUGACGUGACUGUGAUGAUGUAACUUUGUAAUUGUCGCUGAGCCUACCCUUCAGCCGAAGUCUGUGAAUUACAUGUAUUAAUCACUUGAUGCACCAUGAACUGAGAACAAUACAGUGAAUGAAAAAGUUAAUUUUAAGUUAUAAAAAGGAUGAAUAUAUAGGAAUCAAGAUCGGAAGCAAGAGCUAACCGAAUUUUUUCGUAGGAGUUCUUUAUCUAUUUAUUGAUAAUUCGAAGAGAAUAAAGAUAACGACCAGCUGCUUUCUUCACGAACGCAUGCUGUUUGUCCAAAGAAAAGCGUGUGAGAAAUUCAUCGCCAUCGCCUCAAGAAUGAGAGUAGGGGAAAUGGAACAGAACCUCGACUUAACGAAAUCCUCGUUAUAGCGAACACAAUCCACAAGCGUAAGUAAAAUUCAUUAAAUGGAUGGAUUCGUUAAAUUACCGAUUGAACGAACCCUCGAUUAACGAACAAAUUUCUCCAGUCCCUUGGCACUUCGUUAAAUCGAGGUUCCACUGUACUACGGUGUGGGUACCUUAUGUAAAACCAGUAAAAAUAUUACUUUUCUUCGCUAUACGAUUGCAAACAAGAACAGACACGAUGUCUUGCAUGUAUUUUUGUAUUUCGAAUUUAAGUGAGAGAAUAUUUAUCCUGGACUAAAUUUUUUGCGGGAAAAUGUUUGCGGUAAUUUUUUUUUGCUUGGACUUCUUUUUGCGGAUCGCUGGCUGGAAAAAUCACAGCAAUUAGAACCCGCAAAAAUUUCGUGCCACGCGGUAGUUGCAAUUUUUGUUUUAAUGCAAUUUGUGAUCAAUUCAAUAUUUCCGCUUUACAAGUCUUACAAGGGAUUAUCUCACUCUGCCUCAUCGGAAGACUGUUCAUUGUUUUAACAACGUUUAAAAACGUUGUUCAUUGUACAAAAGGCCGCCGUUAUACAAAUAUCGAAGUUCACGCUGACGUCAAUCUAACCCAUGUGCCAACCCAUGCGCAUUGGUUCUUGAAACAAAAGAUUCUUUUGUUUCUCUCGCUAAGUAAAUAGUAAGUAUUUGAAUAACAAAGACAAUUUUUGUAAAAAGUGGUGAUGGUAAACAUUCACGGCUGUACGACAGACCGAAAUCAGCAAAAUGUAUUCGCAUUUUUGCGUUUAAGUUAGGUUGGCACUUUGAAAUUCCUUUUAUUUUCAAUAGGAUUACUUUUGUUUAUGAAUUAUGUUAUGAAUAAUAAUAUCCAGAUAUCCGUCAUUGCACGCGUGUGGUUGGAAUGCGAGAGCCGAAAACCCUAAGACAAAUGGCGAUAUAGUAAAAUUGCAAUAACAUUUAUGCGUUCGAUCUCAAAUCAUAUGCAACUAUGACAAUUACAUCAUACAUUAAUUGCAUAACGAACAACUCACAGAGCAGAUAAUUCUGAUAACUCAUGCCAUUUCAAACUCUUAACACUUGUUCUCCUUGUCAGUCAGGAUUUGUUAACACAUGAUCUCACAGCAAAAAAAGAUGUACUUGUUAAAAGAAUACAACUUGUGUUUGUGUCCUUCCGCCUUUGUGUGAUCACGUGCUCAUCGUUAAUUUGGAACAAGUCGAGUGCAUGAAAAGAAGCUAUUAGCGUAAAGUUCAAGUUGUUGAAUCAAAGCUACUGAGAAGAAUGCCGUCAAAAAGAAAUCUUACGAUCACAGAAUAUCUUUUUAUAUUACAUAUUCUCCAUAAAAAUUUUUUUAGCACAAUAAACGUAAAACGUCGAUUUUUUUAAUACAACAUUUGUCCGGUCGUAAGAGUCCUUGAACUUGAAUCGUAUCGGUUAAAUCAAACCUAAAGCACUCAGGAACUAAUACAGUGUUCUGGUAUUCUUUUUUCUUUUCAUUAUUUUAUUUUAUGUUAUUGAUUUUCCAGAUCUACGAUUUCUGUCGCGGUCAGAUGGGCCUCCUAAUCCCAUGACAUUGCUUCUGCCCCGGGAGCGAGACUCGGAAAGGUUGAGUGUGGGAAUUAUGUAACAGGACAUAACAGGAAGUCAACAAUGACAAAGUUGGCAACAAAGACAACUUAAUACGUGACUUCCUGAAGAAAUAUUUACUAACUUUUAGCAGUCACUCGACAAAGGAAAUGCACCCCUUUUUCUCCUGGAAAUUUUACAUCUCUAAGUUGCAAAUGAUGAGUAUUCGAAAUUCACGGAAUUUGUUGUUAUUUUGCAUAUACGCAAAGUUGCCUUGAACGCUGAACAUGGUCGUCCUGUCUGAUCACUUAAAAACUAGUCAAAACACGUCGCCCGAACAGGUUUGGCCCGCUACAUGGGAUAAAAGCCUGUGUGCAUGAGUAACAUGUUUAGUGAUCUCGCUCUCAGUAAAAGUAAUAUUAGUGCUAGUGCGGUUCUUCAGGGAAGACAAGAAUACUAUGCCUAAGGUGAGUGGAAAAAGCGGUCCUCGACAAAUUCUCAACCCCCGCGGUACGUUGAAUCUUAGGCACAUCCUUUAAAUAUUUCCUUUUCGUUUUUUUGCUUUUCUACCACAAAAGCGAGGAAUCUUAGAGCGCUUAGAUGCUGGCGAGGUCGUUGUGGGCGAUGGAGGAUUUCUGUUUUGCAUGGAAAAGAGAGGCUACGUAAAGGCUGGCCAGUGGACACCAGAAGUGACAGUAGAACAUCCGGAGGCUGGUAAGGAAAUUCUCCUUUUGGUUUUAAUUUUAAAAUAGAAUUGGAAUUUAGUAAUCACAUUCAAUUUGACCUGUUCUUGAAGCUUCCUUGCUACUGUAACUGUGAGAGACAGUUUGUGUAUACGGCUUUACAUUUUCAAUUUAAUAAUGUACCACUAAGCUUCAUUUUUAUUCCGGUGGAUGUACUUAUUCGACAGUUUUAGUCUCGGUCUCGCGCAUUUCAUUUCCAGGUGACAUUUUUUUGGCCUUCGAUCGUUUCCUCUUCGAAAGUUAUGGUAAACUAAGCAAAAAGCUAUAUUCCAUUGUGGACAAAUUCACGGAAGAGUCAUUUGCAUUUUAGACUGUUCAAGGUAGAAUAAAUGAGAACAUUGAUCAACGUUGGGAAGCAGAGGAGAAAGACCAUUAAAACACCCGUUUGAGAUUCAAAUUUUUCAACAUAAAACUGGGAAUGUCGUCAAAAUGAGAAAAUAACACCACUGAAUCUAUUUCAUAUUGCGUGAGAUAAAAUCAAAACAAAACCGUGUUUACAUGGCCAGACUGACAAGGCAAGCCAGUUUUAACCCGUAAAACUAGUUUCAGUAGCCAAAAAAAUUGAACAAUUCAACUAACCGCAGUUUUACAUUGAUUAUUUGGCAAGCGGGGCUUGACAUGUCAUGUUUGUAAGGGCAAAGAUAUACAAAUUGUCAAGUAGUAAUGAUAUUUUUUCAUGCCUGGCCUGACAAUUAGUGAAAGAUUUCUGUCUUUUUCAUGAUACGUCUCCAGUUCCCCCAGUUCGUUUGAAGUAGUUGUACUGCGUGAUGAAAGUUGUAAAGUUGAAGUGUUCCUCUUGAAUGAACUCCUUAAAAGGCCGCGCUAUAUAAAGUUGGUGUUACAUAAAUGCAUCCAAAAUUAAGUCAGGCGAUUAUAAUAUAGGUCAAUAUAAACUCUCUCAUUCUUUAUCCAUAAAGAGCUGUUGUCUUAUACCUUAAAAUCCCACGUUAAAGCCCCCGGAUAUAAACCCAUCCAUUUCCGCUGACGAAAACAUUAUUCCGGAUAUAAGCCCCUUCCCCCCCCCCCGUUGCUAAGGCUCUUUUUUUAUGCAUAAGUGCGUUCCUUUUACGUUUCUUUACAAAUAUCAAAAUUUUCAAUCUAAAGUUAUAGGCAUAAACAAGUGGCUGUGCAGCUUAGAACCAUAAUUAUAUUGAUACCAAAGAAAGAAACAAAUGUUCAUGCAAAUAUAACAACGUUACCAGUUCUGUUCCACCGUUCAUUUCCAAUACAACUGUUCAACUCCAUUGUUUUGGAGUACCAGAGCAAGCAGGAAGCUACCAUCCGGCAGUUUGGCAGACAAAUUGAUAACGUUAAGGCUUGUAGUUUUUUUCACUUUCGUUCCGGUGUUCCGUUCCAGUUGUUCCAGUCGCAUAAGUGUAUACAAGAAAUAUAUAUAUAUAUUAAAAAAUAUAUAUUUCAACAAAUUGCCCAUGGGCAAUUUGUUUAAAUAUAUAUUUUUGUCUUAUUCUUUUGUUUACUUCUUCAUCGCCUUGCCGUAAGGAUCAGUUUGCCGUUUCAUAUUUUUCUACAAGUUUAAUUGUACUGAUCCGGGUCUACAACCGGGAGAUCCGGCACCACUCAUUGGUUUGUUGCUGUGAACUUGCUGACAUUUUAAACAUUUUGAAGUUAUAUAAGCCUAGGGCUUAAACGUGGGAUUUUACGGUAAUAGGCGAUAGGAGCAGAAAUUUUUUUCCCGCCCGUUUAGACUUUCCCUCGCCCCCACUAUCUGCCCCUGGGUAUCCGAGGAUGCACUGGCGCGUGUGCCGCUGAAGUUCAUGUGAUUUCCAUGUGUAUUUUGUCCUGUUAAAGUUCCGGAAAUACCGUAAAAUUCCGAAAAUAAGCCCCUCCAUGUAUAAGCCCCUCCAAAUAUAAGCCCCCCAAACCGGUAACGCAAAAACCCUUCCGUUAAAUCGCCCCUCCAAAUAUAAGCCCCCCAGGGGCUUGUACUUGGAAAAUUGCCCUCAAAUAUAAAGUAAAACAAAGCAAAAAUGGUAGAUAUACUCCCAGCUAUAAGGCUAGCCCAAUCGAUUUUGAAACGCAAAUUUCCCUCCGUAGAUAAGCCCCUCCGAAUAUAAGCCCCUCCAAAAAUAAGCCCCUCAAAAAGAGCCUUUGAAAAAUAUAAGCCUCGGGGCUUAUUUUCGGAAUUUUACGGUGGCGAAAAUUGAGUUCAAGUUUUGUCCUUUAAUUAGGCCUUUGUAUAUUUUCACGAGAGAAAGACGACUCAAUUUACAAUUCAAAACAAAAUUCAAAUUUUUCCUCGAUACGGCCGUGUUGAGAGACCUCUUCUGGUGUAUGAAAACACUUUGCAUACAUUGUUGUCAGCAUUAAACCCUCUUAAAACGUUUAUUUAAAUUGAUGAAAUUCGUCAGAUAAUGAGUAUUGUCUGAGCAUUUUAGUAACGUUUUGGGGGAAGAAUGAACAUUUUAGUUGGAAAAAUGGAACAUUAAGAUAGAACAUUUUAGUGGGAAAACAAAAGUAUAAAUGUACAAAAGCCUAGUUUUGUCCAAGUUUACUUAUAAACAAUUAUUGGAUGAGGUUUUUGUGAUAUCCGGCAUAAUCAAGGUCAAGAUAAGUGCAUUUAUCUGUUAGCAGAUAACAAAGUAAUCUGAAGAUUGCGCUGAUUUCCAAAAUUAACUGUAGGACCUUAGCAAAUGGGAAGAUCGAUAGUGCCUGCAAUGAAUCAAUAAUCAAAAUAACUGUGCUUUGCUGAAAGGUAAGCUGGACGCUUUGAGUUUUUGACCCAAUUAGAUCAUGACCCUUCCCCCUUGAUAUAGCCCUUUAUAUAAACAAAGUAAAAUUUUGUUUUUCAGUGCGACAGUUGCAUCGAGAAUUUCUUCGCGCUGGCGCUGAUGUUAUGCAGACCUUCACUUUCUACGCUAGUGAUAGCAAGUUAGGAAAUCGCGGGAACACAGCCUCUGACAAAAUUGGGGUAAGUAACGAUAGUUUUCAAAAGAUUUCUGUAGCUUUUAUACAUAGCCUUUUUAGAAUUUGUUUUAGCAUUGUUAUUUCUUUUGCGUCUUCAGAAUUCUCAUUACUUCGCCUAGACACCAAGACGUUUUCAAUCGAGUCUCCAGACUGCCCCGCGUUCCGCAGCGUUCCGGCUUCAACUGCCCAGAACGGCACUGAAUUACAUGUUCGGGUUUGGAUAAGUUGCGUUUCACCUUUUUCUCUAAACACUUCGCGCUUGAUUUUCACCCCCUCUGAAGAAUAGUGAAAGGAGAUGGAGAUGUGACGCAGUUUAUGUAUGUUUUUGGGUUUUCAGUGCACAGAAAUCAAUCAAGCUGCCUGCGAGCUCGCGCGUGAGGUGGCCAACGAGGGUGACGCGCUUGUGGCGGGAAAUAUCUCUCAGACACCAUCGUACAUGUCUGGCCUUGGUAAAGAGGUUGUACAGAAGGAGUUUCAACAACAAAUUGAUAUUUUUGUCAAGAACGAUGUGGAUUUUCUUAUCGGAGAGGUAACCUCUUCAUAAAAGAUUUAUUUUAGUACACUUACUUUAAAAUGCCAGUUUGGCACUAAAAGAUCCGCGUGCUUGGACUCCAUGGCCCCGCAUGUUCCACAUUAACUUGUCUCCAAGGGUUUUCCCAUAAUAAGGGAGGAGCGAGCGGGAAAAUGUCCCUCCUAGAUUCCAAGAAAAAAGCCCCUUAGGACGAGGCGAGGUUGGAGAUAAAUGAAAUGUUGCAGGUUUUUCUGAAGCAGGUCAUCAAUACUUGUCUCUUUUUGAACAAGAUCGAUAAGUGUACGAAGUCAUACUUGUCGCUUUUAUUCUUGAGCUUGUCCUUAAUUUUGCAGUGAACCCUUUUUCCACAUCGGCCAGCAACUAAUUCAUCGCAUCUGGUGAACCCUUGCUAGAUAAUCACACACUGCCUCUGAUUACUUACGUUCGCACUUAGCAAAAAGAAAUUAACACCACUUUGAUAUCCAGCUAUCUACAGUCGACUCCCGAUAACUCGAACCUUCUAGGGAAAUCGAAAAAAAUAAGAGUAAUCGGGAGUUCGAAACAAAUAAACUAAAUGGAUGGGGAGGGAAUGCAAAUAUGCACACUUCACUUUAAGAGGAGCAAGAAAUAAAAUUCAAGAUUGAUGUUUUGAAAAAGGAAUUAAGUGACAAAGCUUGAUUAAUAUACAGGGAUGGACAUUGAAUUUAAACUGAAGUGACAAAAAGUAAAGACAAAGAACUGACACGGUUGUUUAGAAAUAAAUUCAAUGUUUCGGACUUCAGUUUUUCUCCAACUUGUCACGCGCCAAAAACACGGUUCGAGUUACCGAGGGUAAAAUUAAAGUAAAUGUAUGAGGGAAAACCAGGGGAAAUUGACUUUAGCUCGAGUCAGAGGGAGGUUCGAGUUAGCAAGGGUUCGAAGUUAUUGGGAGUCAAAUGUAUAUCAAAAGUGCACCAUACUAUUAAGACUUCUAAGACAAAACUAUAUGUUUUUUAAGCUCUUUUUCUACGUGGAGGAGGCAGAAUGGGCGAUUGAAGUAAUGAAGGCCACAGGUAAACCAGUCGCCAUGUGCAUGUGCGUAUGUACGGCUGGCGACAUGGAAGAAGUGCCUAUCGAUGAAUGUGCUGUUAGAAUCGCUCAAGCAGGUACAUGGAAUUUCUUUCAAAUAUGAUGCAUUAGUUAAGAAAGAUGUUAUAUGGGAGUGCCAAUACGGCCUCCGAUCCCGUAAUGCCAACCUACAUUUUCGCUCAAUCCCGCAAUUCCGAUGAUUAUUUCAAUUUUCGACAAUCCCACAUCCCAAGGACACUUUUUCCGAAUCUCGUCUCUUGCUUUAACCCAUUCGCCCCUGAACCGCCUAAAAAGACCCGUGCGCGGGAUCCGUUCUACCGCUUGUGACGUCAUCAGGUUUAACGGUCAAGGACAGCUUUGUCCGUUAACUUGUGCACAGUGAAGGGAUCUUUUCAUCUAUACCAGAAUGAGUACGAUUCAGUCGAGGAGACCGGAGAAAAAGGGGGAAAAACUUGACCCGAAAAUUUCCAUGUAAAUCUUGUUUCACCACCAACCCACCUUUCCUUUCAUCUGAUCCUAAGAUCCUACCAGCUUUCGCAGACUUUUCUCUCCAAAAUGAAGCCUACUAAAUACUAAAUGCCCAGCAAAAGAAAAAAAAUGAGGCAAGAAAAUCGAAAGAAGAUGGGAGAGAAAGCGAAAAGAAGUUUUGCUUUCUGCGCAUGCCCGAACUUCGCAAGCAAAUAUUUUACAUCUGGAUCAGAAGGCCGCGAAUUGUACGAUCUGUACACAGCUCUGUGGUAAAAAAAAAACUGACUAGAAAACCGCUCGACCAGCUUUAAAACGCGUUUUUCGGCAAAAUUCCCGGGGGGGGAGGGAUAAGCAAAGUACCAGCUUUUUUCCUCACUUUUCAGCAUAAAACAACCAAAUCUGGCCAUUUACACCUGUAAUGCAAAAUUCGAUGACAAAAAUCGGCAAAGGGCAAUUUUUAGAUUUUUUGAGAAAUAUCCCGAAUCCAGGUGUUCAAAAAAGACAAAUCUCACAUUCCGAAAAACCUAUUAGGGUCUCUCAUAUAAAUUUGCUUCGUUAAAAUCACUCUUCAUGUGACUGAGUUAACGCGUCUACUCAUCCCACGAGGCUCGAUUCAAGCUACCAUUCUUUUACCAUUCGUUCUAGGUGCCGACAUUAUCGGAGUCAAUUGUUUCUGGGGUCCAGACGUGUGUCUGAAAGCUAUGGCCGCCAUUAAAGAGGCCUUAGAGAAAGCGGGAUUAAAGCGUCAUCUGAUUGUUCAGCCAAUUGGAUACAAGACUCCGGAAUUUCUUGACGACAGCAGCAAUGGAGAGAUUAAGAAAGGCAUGAGUGGGCUGGCAGAGUUCCCAUUUGGUAGGUUUUCUCGAUGUUUUGUUCACAAGGAAAAACCAGAACUUUCAAGCUAACAUCAGCGAAGGGGCCAGCCCAACUUGGGCUGGGUUGGUGAUUCAAACGAAAAACAAGAGACUUUUCAUCAAGGCCAAGUCAAAAUGUCAAAAGGAUUUUUCAAAUUAUUGAGUUUUCGUAAAAAAAAAUAAUAAUAAUAAUAAUAAUAACAAAAUACGCCCUUUGGCUAAAAAAUGUCUUGGAAACCAUAAAAACAGAUAAACGUUUCAACUACCAGGCUGCAGCAUUUAACAAAUGAGGAAAAGCAUGUAAAUUCAUGAAAUGUAGAGUAAAAAUUACGGUGCGAAUGAACUUACACACGAAGCUAUUUGAAAUGAAUCAAAUGAGAGUAGUGUCUACGUAAUGGCAUUGAAUUUUAGUCUUAGAAGUAUGCCAUGACCCAAGGGCUAUCCGCGCUUGGUAGUCACCUUUGUUGAUCACAUUUGCGUUUUCAAACCCAAUUUAGCGGACGUUGUAGACCCACACGCGAUUAGAAAUAUUGGAUACCUUUUUUGCGGUUUUUUGCAUUUCUAAUGUGUUCUCUUCAUUUUUCUUGGGGAAAAUCGCACGUGUAGAGUCAAUGAAAUCUACAGUAACUAUAGUAAACUGGCUAUCAAAUGCCUUCUGCUUCUAGCCGGACUUAUUGCAGGGCAUUCAGCGCCGGUUUCCUCCUAAAUACAUUGAAAACACUUUUUAGGCUAUCCAGAGUACUUUUAGGCCCAGUUCAAACGUCGAAUCUCACAUUGUGCCAAACUUGAUUCCCAUUUUAGUCGAUUAAUGACCUGCAAAUAACAAACCUCUUAUCUGAGGCUGUUGUCUUUUAGCGUUGGAGCCCCGCGUCCUUACUCGAUUUGAAACGCAGAAAUAUGCUAGGGAUGCAUACAACAUGGGGAUUCGCUACAUCGGAGCGUGCUGUGGAAUGGAACCAUAUCAUGUCCGAGCUAUCGCUGAAGAGGCAAGUCAAAUACAUACCCAAGAGUAGGCUAAAAUCCUCACCUCGAAAGUUUGAGAACCCUACAAGAAGGCUAAACACUAGAAAUUUUUAUAACUCAUCUGUCCUAAGAACACUCAUCUGUCCCCAAGAACGCAACCCGAACUAUCUGUGGGUUUACGUAACGGUUAAACUGAACAAGCUAAACUAAUCGAUUUGAGUUUUCCCAUCGCUAUUUUUAUGUGACAGGGGCUGAAAGACAGCUUUCUAGCGCAUGAUGAAUAUGGGGAAUAAAUUUCUCAGUACCCUGUGAGUAGACAGAAAAUCGUGAAUUCUCUAUCUUUCUCCAGUAUCUGUCCAACAAUCCCCCUCCUCCACGCCCCUCAACAACCGCUGUUUUCCCUUAGAGGAAAUCUUCUCAGCAUAAAGAAUUACUGGGAGUAAUUAGUCAGUUGAAUUUUCGCCAAAUUUUGAUCGUUUUGUUGUUGUUGUUUUCGGGGGGCGCAGGGGGAGGGUUGUAUAGAAAGUUAACCGGUUCAUGAUCAAUAAAUUCCAUUUAUCUCUCAUUUAGCUUUCAGAGGAACGUGGUAAAUUGCCUCCUGCCAGUGAGAAGCACGGCUUAUGGGGAUACGCCCUCCGCCAGCAUACAUAUCCGUGGGUGAGGGCCAGGUAGGAUGCAAUCACACUAUUUCCACUCGAUAAACGUAACAGGAGACCCAAAUUACCUCCCGACAGGGAGAAGCACAACUCAGAGUAAGGGCGGAGGUAUUGAUUGAUACUGCAAAUACUCCUUUCGAAUUCGGGCGAAAUGCAUAGCACAGGGAACGAUAGUUGAAAAAAUGUGCCUCUGCUCGACCUUGGCCAUGACACAGUGUACAGUAAAUGUCAGCUGGUUGCAUUUAUAGUGUUAGAGUGGUUUUCGUUUGAGUGUCGUAAAACCAAAACCAAAGUAAUUACUCUGGCCAAUCACAUAGGACACAGACAAUACAUUGAACCAAUCAAAACUCGAAGUAAUUACAUGUGGCUGACGCAAAAAGCGCGUCACAAUUGGCUUUGGUCUUACUUCUGAUUGGAUGAAAAGGUGGCGCGAAUCUUUUAAGCCAAUCGCAUCGUGUAGAAAGUGCAAAACCAAUUACUUUUCGACACUCAAAUGAAAACCGCUCUAUGAGGUAGUUGCCUUUUAGUUUUGUUUUUCAGUUUUGCUAUUUUUAAGAUUUUGCUAGCUUCAUGAUAAACAGUUUAUAGAGUGUUAUAGACUUAGAAACUUAAAGAUUCAAUGUAUUUCCCCAUAUGGUCAGUUCCUGAGUUUUUGUCUUGUAUUAUCUAUUUGAAGUGUUUCUUAAACUUAGCUUAUGGUUCUUUGAAGUAGGCUUGUUUGGCGAGUACAGCUGACCUUAGGUUUUACCCACAGUCGAGUUCCUGUUUUGUAUGUUUUGUCCUUCUGGGCAGUUUCACUGUUAGCAUUUAAUUGGUUCUUUGGUAUUGUCGUUUGCGGCUGUGUAGGCUUAUCUUACUAUAGCAAAGCUGUUGCGAUAUAGGCGAUAAGGUAUUCAAUAGAAAGUCUUCCGGUCAGCUAACUCAAAACAAGUCUACAAUUUAGUUAUUUAAUUCGCUGUGUAAGCUAGUAGAGUUAGUUGAGUAGUAGAGUUGUUGUCAGAAGCUUUUGAAGAAUAAACUGCUGUCUACAGAGAAAGAACAGUGUCUUGGUCCUCUCGUUAAAAAGCCAAGCGAGCUUCACAAGCCCUCAACAAUAGAUAGCGCGGAGGUUUCCUAACCACUGGAAAAGUAUAAUAGGCAACGUACAACACAGCAACCCCCGUUUGGUUCAAUUGUCGUUUAUUCGAAGUGCUGGGGCGAAAGUCUGGUAUAUUUUUCCAAAGUUGAUAAUUUUUCCCGUAAUUGAUUUCUGCGAAGAACAAACUGUAAACUGAAAAUUCGACCAAAAUCGUCAAAAUCAAUAUCUAAUGUAUUUUAGUGUAUUUUGCGGGGUUAAAAAUGGUGCUAAUCUGUAAAACAAGUCUACCCAGCUAGCAGAGUUUUCUUUCCGCAUAGUUUUGACAUUUCGUUUGGUUGGUUUGUUUACAGCCAACGUUGAAAGCACAUGCUUCUUAAAACCAUGCUGGGAAAAAAAACUCUGCCGCAGGGUAAAACAGGUCUGACCAAUCAUUGCUACUGCUUUGUUUCAGAGCCCGUCGCUCUCAUUGGGAGAAUCUUGAGCCUACCAGCGGCCGCCCAUUCAGCACCGCUCUUCGCAAGAUAGAAACCCAGUGGGCCGAUCUGUCUUUGAGCAGCAAGACUAUGCAGCAGCAAAAAGUACAGACCACAGAAGAAGAAGUAGAGCAGUUGGCCGCGAAACGCUCCGCAGUUCCGAUUAAAGCCUGCUAGAAACGGACGCGAACCAAACUUGCGCUGUUUGGAACGAAAGGAUUUGUUUUAUUCUUGGUUUUAAUUCAAUUCACGCCUAAUUUACACUAGCAGUUCGAUAAGUUUUUCUUGGUAUACAGUAAACGCUCUCGGCUCAAAAGAAACAGUGAUCAGGAACCUCCAGGUUGCAAUUUGGACAUGGCAUAUCAUGUUUAGGCGGUACUAUUUCCUUAGACAAGGAAUAGUGGAGUUCAGAGUGGAUUUGCCUAAUCUUUCGGGGGCGGUGGCGGGGGAGAUUGACUUUUGAGACCCACGGGUAGAAUAUUAUUGUUUCUGAAGGAAUAAUUUGUUCCUUAAAACUACCAGGGUAAAGUUGUCAAACUUGCUAGUGAAAAAGCAACUUUUAUACCCGCUUUUCAAUUCGUCAUUUGGUUAUUAAGUGAUUAGUGUACCUAAAAAUGUGAAUAAAGAGCGCAAAAACUUUUGAUCGCUUUUCUUAAACUUGUGCAGUACGGUCUAGAAAAGAAAUUUGAAAGCGAAUUUAGCUCAGCAAAGUAAGGCUUUCAUUUACAGACAAAAUAUAGACAGUUAGUUAAUCACUGUUUACACAAAACCUGUUUAAAGGCCAGCCUCUUUAGGAUGACUGCUUAACACCAAUAGGAUUUUGACUUUAUUUGGUGCAUCUAAAUGAACGCAAUCAGUUUUAAAGAUUUCAUCGACAAACAAACCAAAGUAAAUCAUUAAGCUUUGAUCGUUUAAUGUCUUACAUUCUGAUAGAUUGCAAAAUGCUUUUCAUAUGAUUUAAGUAAAAGUGUAUAAAAAUUAUUUGUAAAAAAUCCGACACCGGAAGCUUUGUAGAAGCUGAUAAUGCAAUAAAUUAAACCGCUGAAAACUUUUCUCAUAAGUUGAGUAUCAUCUUUUUAUACAUAUUGCUUCAGUUUCGUCUCUCAGUAUACGUUUUAAGGAGGCACGGGGGAGGGUGUGGGGAGGGUGUGGGGGGUUGAGGGGGGACGGUGUGGGAGGUUGAGAUGAAGAGAGAAGAGAAAUAACAGCGGAGACGAACUGGCUUCGAAA